AUGUCACUCCUAGAAAGCCAUCUCGAGCAGAUCAUGCUCUCUUCUAAUGCCAUCGCAGACCUCCCGUCAUUUCCCCCCCCACCUCGCAUCUUCACCAAUGCUUUGCUAGGCUCUCAUGAUAUCACGGCGCUUAUUCGCGAUACAGAGACUCAUGAACGAGCUCUUUUCCAAGUUGAUCCCUCCGUUCAAUCGAUCAAUCCCUCCCAGCGAAGACCCACAAAGCGUGGUACAACGCUUCCCACAGAGGGGGAGGGUGAAUCGAUGGCCAGUCGCAUCUACUCAGCGAGAAAUAACAAAAAUCAAUCAGCUGUGGCGAGGGUGCUUGGGUCCGACAUGAUGGAGGAGAUUAAACGGUCUGCUGGUACUUCAGUCUCGGGCCCCCGUAACGAAGUCAACCUAGAAGUGCUCCUCAAAGGCGCGGAAAUCCUUUGCAAUGUCUAUCCUGUUCCUGGGGCGCAAGAGAAGAUUGCUAGCCUUCGGUAUCGCCAUGAAUUACUUGCAGACUCGAUUCUUCAAUUGGAAGAACGUGUUGCCAAAAACACAACCGAAUUGGAGCAGAUGAGCCGUUCGUACGGCGAUGCUUAUGACUACAAUACUAUUGGUCCUUCACAAUCAGAUGGGGCCGAUGUGGCCGAUGCCGAUAUCGAACGCGAGAUAGAGGAGAUCAGAGAAUUAGAAAGAAAAAAGAGGCGUUUAGAGAAUCAUGUUAAUGGAAUGGAACAAGAUUUGGGAGAACUAAUGGAGUGA